AUGGCUCCUUACUUUCCAAAAAAUAAAUGUCUUCCAGAUCCGUGGCCCAGCGGCGCCGGUGUCAGGCGGGUGGCCACGGCGCAGAGCGAGUCCUCCUCCAUCCACAGCGACGCCCUGUACCUGUCCAGGGACCUGUCCGGGGUCGGAACGCACCCCGUUCCGCACGGCGCCCUUCAGCCAGACACUUUUAGAGCACAACCGUGGAUCGACGAAGGGCAAAACGUGGCACAGGUCGUAGGGUCAAGUUCAAGCCCUCAAGCCAGCAGCGAGGGCCUUCACUUCAGCGACGGCAAGCGGAAAGUCGACUACGUCCUGAUUUUUCACCACCGGCGGCACAGCUCCCUUCGAUGUCCGAUCGGCUCCGCCGUUUCGCACGACCAGCUGUCCGUGGUCUCCAACGGCAACUUCCCCUCAACGGUGAGCUCGGACGCGGCGUCGCGGCGGGAAGGCGGAAUUUCGCGAAGGGAGGGACAGAACGUCGGCGAGGUGUUCGUGGAGCUGGGAAACGCAAGGGGCAGUGAUCCACUGGAGCCCGCUGACCACGAGAUGCACCUCAUCAGACAAGAAUUUGAGGCCAACCUAUUGGAAGCUGGUCUGGAGAUAGAAAGAGACAGCGAGGCAAAGGCCCAUGGGCCCAGCUUCAUCCGUAUCCACGCGCCUUGGCCUGUCCUGUGUAGAGAGGCAGAGUUUCUGAAGAUUAAAGUCCCCACCAAGACGAGUUACGAGCUCAAAGAAGAAAGUGGCUUCGGGUCGAGCAUGAGCACGCUGUGGAGGAAGCUGAACCAGCCUUUCCAGCCCAAAGUAUCUCACCAGGACCAGGGGAGCACCAAAUUCCUCUCGCACUGCUUCUCCAGGGACAAGCUUCAUCUGUAUAACGUCACAUCCCAAGACACAUUCUUUGACAAUGCCACAAGAGGCAGAAUAGUGUAUGAGAUCCUGAGACGGACGGUGUGCGUACGAACCUGUCAGACCAUAGGCAUCAGCACGUUGAUAGCCAAAAGCGUGUAUGACGCAGCCUUCCCUCUCCAUGAUGGUGACUAUAAGGUCAUCGGACACCUCGAGGAACGCAACGACAGACAGGCUCUGUACGAAGAGUGGGCCAGAUACUCGGCCUUCUACAAGUUCCAGCCCAUUGAUCUCGUCAGGAAGUACUUUGGGGAGAAAAUCGGCCUCUACUUUGCAUGGCUCGGUGUUUACACUCAGCUUCUUAUACCAGCCUCCAUCGUAGGCAUCAUUGUGUUCGGAUAUGGGGUGGCGACAGUGGAUACUAAUAUACCGAGUUUGGAGAUGUGCGCCGAGCAUCUCAAUUUCACCAUGUGCCCUUUGUGUGACGGGGCUUGCGACUAUUGGCAUCUCAGCACGGCCUGCGGCACCGCCAGGGCCUCGCACCUCUUCGACAACCCCGCCACGGUCUUCUUCGCCAUAUUCAUGUCUCUGUGGGCUGUGCUGUUCCUGGAGCAGUGGAAACGUCGGCAGAUAAGUUUGAGCUUCAGCUGGGACCUGACAGGCAUAGAGGAUGACGAGGAACACCCCCGGCCAAGGUACGAGACCAUCCUACUUCAGAAAAAGCAGAGGAAGCAGAAAACUAAGAAAAAGAAGAAAAAGAAUGAGCCAGACAAGCAGGAGGACGGGACAGUGACAGGGAAGGACAGAUGGAGACAGAAACUGCUGUCUGCCAUGUCUGCAGGAAUCCCGGCUGAUACAGAGAAGUUGACCUGGAAAGACCGUCUCCCUGGAUACCUCAUCAAUGUUUCCUCGAUCCUUUUCAUGUUUGGGCUGACGUUUUCCGCCGUUUUCGGGGUGAUCGUCUACCGCAUCACCGUGUCGGCCCUGAUGGCCAUGAGCCCCGACCCGGAGACCAAGUCCAACGUCCGGGUGACGGUGACGGCCACCGCGGUCAUCAUCAACCUCGUGGUCAUCCUGAUACUUGAUGAGAUCUACGGCGCCGUGGCGCUGUGGCUAACUGAGCUAGAGAUUCCUAAAACGGAAACCAACUUCGAAGAGCGCCUCAUCCUGAAAGCCUUCUUACUGAAGUUUAUGAAUGCAUACGCUCCCAUCUUUUACGUGGCGUUUUUCAAGGGACGGUUUGCUGGUCGACCUGGAAAUUAUGUGUAUGUCUUCAAUGAUUAUCGAAUGGAGGAGUGUGCUCCUGGAGGCUGCCUCAUAGAGUUGUGCAUUCAGCUCAGCAUCAUCAUGUUGGGGAAGCAGCUCAUCCAGAACAACAUUUUCGAGAUUGGCAUCCCGAAGCUGAAAAAGCUGAUACGCGCUUUGAAGGAGAAGAAAUCGCCGAAGGAGAAGGACGAAGAGAGACAGCCGAAGCAGUGGAACCUGGACUACGCCCUGGCUCCCUUUGAGGGCCUCACGCCGGAGUACAUGGAGAUGAUCAUCCAGUUUGGGUUUGUCUCCUUGUUUGUGGCCUCCUUCCCACUGGCCCCUCUCUUUGCCCUCCUGAACAACGUCAUUGAGAUCAGAUUGGACGCCAAGAAGUUUGUAACGGAGCUGCGAAGGCCAGUUGCGGCUCGGGCUAAAGACAUCGGUAUAUGGUACAACAUACUGAGUGGAAUGGGCAAACUGUCAGUCAUUAUAAACGCCUUUGUGAUCUCCUUCACGUCGGACUUCAUCCCUCGGCUCGUCUACCAGUACACGUACAGCCAGUCGGGCACCAUGCACGGCUUCAUCGACCACACGCUCUCCUACUUUAACGUGUCCCAUUUCAAGCCCGGCACGGCGCCGCAGAACUCCGAGCUUGGGGACAUCACCGUCUGCCGGUAUAAAGACUACAGGGAACCCCCCUGGGCCUCAGAUGCCUACCAGUUCGCUAAACAGUACUGGUGCGUUCUGGCUGCACGGCUGGCCUUUAACCUGGUGAUGUUCCUCAGCCUCAUGGUGGCCUGGGUGAUCCCAGACGUUCCCAAAACCAUCGUGGAGCAACUCAAGCGGGAGAAGAAGCUCCUGGUCAACGUGUUCUUACAAGAGGAGAAGGAGAAGUUCCAGCUCAUCCAGAGCUUCUUCGUCAAGGACGCCACCCUCCACCCCAAAAACCCCGAGGACCCCCCGGGCCAGGCCUUCCCCGUCCUGGGCCGCUACAGCACGCUCCCCUCCGGCCAAACGGCCGGAGACGGGGGCCCAAGGGCCAGAUGCAGGGCCGCCAGCUUCAGCCAGUUCAGCGGAACGCUCACCUCCUCACCUCAGAACGCAAACUCAAAACACACAGCGGUGUGAAAGGAAAGUUUCCACAGUUUGGGGGUGCUUCCGCCGGGCCUAAGGGCUCCGACUCCAGCGGCUCGGUCCACGUACGUCUCCGCCCUCGUCUUUUGGUGAUCUGGCGCACAUGACACAGCAGUGAUCUUAGCUCUGGACUUCAAAACUCAUACUCACCGAUCCCAGAGGGGGUCAGUGUCGUCUACACAAGAAUGAGUGUGUGUGUGUGUUAGUGUUAUCCCUGCUAGCAUGACUGUUCACCUGAUAAAAUGUUGGUAUUUUUACUUUUUGGUAAAAAUGAAUUACUUAGUGAGGCACAAAAACUUAGCGUAGAGAAGCAAUAAAUACCAUAUUAGGCUGAAUAUUACAGGAACGUGGACGAACCGUAAACCCAGACGGGAGGAUACUAAGAACUUAACAAUCGCAAACAAAACGAUGGACGUUGUGGCUUACCAGUAGGAUCGUCUGGUCUGUAUUUUCCUGCUUUACGUGUUGGGGCUCUUUACGUAUUUUGUUUACAGAUUUUUUGUAGCUUUUAAAAUAGUCCGAUUUUUUUUCUGUACUCUUUUCUCUCUUAGAAUUCAGGAAUCACUUUAACCAUAUUUCCAGACCUUAAUGUAAAACUGUAUUGUGACUGGAAAUACUGCUGCUGGUCACUGGUUUUCAACAACCAACGCCCCGCUUCUCGACGGACGGAAAACAUGCCAAUGCGGCACUCCGGUGUGCUACGCACUUUUGCCCGAGCUGUAGUUUUUCGAUGCGGUGGUCUGCGAAGCAAAAAAAACAAAACAAAUGAAAGGAAACCUCUUAUGAGCCAUAUGGACUCUACUGGCUGUAGAGUGAAGCUCUGAACACUCACUGGUAAAAAAAGGGAAGAUAGGUUCUGAUUGUGAGCGAGUUGGAAAUGAUCUCACUGUGUUUAUUGUGAAUUAAACAAAAAUGAAUCGGUAUCGGAAUCAUUCUGACAAAUACCUAUUCCUAUGGCCUUGACCGAAUAUAUUAGCUUGCAUAGAGUCACUUCGAUGAGACAGUUAUUACUAAUGCGAGCAAACAGUUCAUUUAGAACCUUUCAGCUUAUUUCUUUGCCGAAAAUAUCUGUAGGAGAGUUUGAUAACCAAACAGGAGAUUUGAAUUGCAGUCAUUCAGUUAUCACACAAAAAGGAACUGAUAACGAUCAGAUAGAAUGUCGAGCUAAGAAAAAACUGGUCGUAGCCGUGACACGUGGUGUUAGGGGGCGAUAAAUUAUAGCCGGUGGUCAAUUGGGUCCGAAAUAAACAGGCAAGUGUGGGGAUUUUCUGCUAGGUCGAAGCAUCUUUUUGUACCGGUCAACUGCAGAGCGCCUAUAGAAAUGCCAUCCAUCCAUCCACCGCAUAUUCCCUAAUGGGGUCGGGGGAACUGGAGCCUAUCCCAGUGGUCAAUGGGCGAGAGGCCGGGUAUACCCUGGACGGUCCACCUAUAAAAAUGUCCAUCCAUCCAUCCAUUAUCAAUACCCCUUAUUCCCUAAUGGGGUCGUGGGGAGAACUGGAGCCUAUCCCAGUGGUCAAUGGGCGAGAGGCCGGGUAUACCCUGGACAGUCCACCAAUAGAAAUGUGACGGUGGUAAUGGCAGCCAAGGCUUGUUGGUGUUAUCAAAGAGAAAAAGGCUCGAAAUGGAGAUUUAAAAAAAGUUGUCCCAGCCACGAAUGGUGUCACGGUGCCUAUCCUUGCGUGUGUCCGUGUCUGUUGUUGAAAGUGCCUACGGCCAUCAGGAACGAACCGUGGAGGAAAGUGUUCAUUGCAGAGGCUUGGUCGUCGUUCUUUUCGCUGGCCUUUGGAAGUAGGACGUAGGAAGGGCAGUCUGUGCCGCUUACUACCAUAUUUAGCUCUGAAACACCCGGUUCUGUGAUAGACGAAGAUACUACCGCAUCUAUCUCGAAAACCCUAAAAAAAAUGGUUGCUGACCCCAUCGAGGAGUGCUGCUGGCCAUAGCCUCGUUCAGAAGGACAAUGCACUGUGGCUCAAAAGCAAAUUCAGGAGCACGGAAUCUUUGAGGAAUCGAUUUGGCCUUCGAAUUGAACUGAUCAUCUGUAAGACACUCUGAAGAUUCGUUGAGUGUCUGCCGGACUUUGAGGACUAAAAGGACCCGAUAUCGACGGUUUGAGUCAACAUGUACUUUGUACAUUCUUGUGCAUUUUUGUUUCUCUUUUCAUUUAGAAUUAAGUAGGAUCGCACUUGGAAACGAAGGAAAGUUUCACAAGUACAAAUUGAGUUCAGAAAAGCAUCUACUGUACUAAGGGGUCAACAGCUGGUCUCGAUGUUCCAAAAACAUCAAAGCUUUUCAGUGGCUAGCUCCAUUGAAAAUAUUUUUAAUAGUAGGGCUCUCCUAGAUCUCUCAACAAAUCCAUACAGUGUACAUGUGAUUAAAUCAUGCAGGUGUUUUAAAAAAUAUUUCUUUUUAGAAUUGACUAUUAUGAAUGACUUAUUGCAUUGGGGACUUUAUGACAAUGAUGCUACCAUUGUGUAACGCCAUCUUGGACAGACUGUUAGCCUCCCAACUUUCUUUUCAUUUCAAAAUACUAAUUGUCAUUACAAUAGCGAACAUUCAACUUAUCCCGAUAUUUGUUGGGGUUAAUUCUUAAUCAUGUUACAACCCUUCAAGGUUUUUAUAAUUAAUAUAUUUUUACCUGAUAAAUACAGUUGUAAUCUCCAGUUAGGAGCAAUACAAGUUACAGGUAUGCGGACAUUUGCUGUCCUUUGCUAAUGUCCGCACCUCUGAGUUCCUUUGUCAAUGUUAUUAAAACAUGCUUAGUGCAAUUUUUGAUUUACAAUUACUGGCAGAGCCAGAUUACAUUAUUAUAUACAAAUAAAUUCUAAAAGAAACUGCAGCUGAAAGUGGUUGGUAAACCCAUGCAUUAGUCCUCUAUUACAGUUUAAAUAACAAACUGGGAAAAUGUUAAUGGAGAAUUUUCAAUUGGUGUUAUAAAAUGAAUUAAGUCAGAGAAUUCUUCCAAAAUCACAAAUCUAAGUUCAAACUUAACCGAUUAAAAAUAGAUAAAUAGAGGAAAGGGACCACCUGAAAUGUCUGUUACCUGAAUCUGUGAUUUUAUAGAGGAUUGAUCAGCAAUGUGUACAGGUUUGGGAGAAAUUUGUCCUGCUAUUUAGACUCUAACAUUUGAAUAACCACAUAUUACAAGAGACAACAGACCCAUAGUCCAAUCUUGUCACCUCCAACAAUAUAUUUAGCAAUUUAAUACACAAACUAAACAUGGAAGUGUUGAGAAUCAGUGUGUUAUUUAAUCGUGUUUUAUAAAAAAAAAAGAAGAAGUGAUUAAUUUCCAAAAUGUUGAAGUCCUUUGUGUCAUGAGUUAAACUAAAUAUGAAUAUUUAGUUUAGAUUUUAGUUUGUUUCUGAACCGCGUAAUUUGAAUUAGGCUUGAAACUCUCUACUGAUGUGGUAUAUAUGUCCUUAGGUUUAAUCAUAAGUCCAGUGGCCUAGUCGUGGUCAGUUGAGUGUCAGAGUUCGUCCUGUUGGUCAGCGGUCACACACACACCGUACCCUGUUCUCGUUCACUUGCCGACAUGCUGUAAAACCCUCAGUACCAUUUUUUGGAUGCCUUGUGACUGCUUUUAUUUACAAUUCAGCGAAACUGAACUGUCUGUCCUCUCGGCGAGAACUCAGUGACAGACUGUUAUCUUAAAAUGUAUUCAAAACGGACUUUAGGAAACUGUCAUAAAAGUUAUACUUUGUUAUACAAGCUUAUGUUGUUGAUCCUUACCUUAAGCUGAUGUAUGCAUUCCUAAAUACAAAGUUGUCUGAUGGAUUACAAAAUCUUUUUUUCUGUGUUGUUUCCCGCUGUUUUUUAAAAUCUAUUUAAAUAUUUUU